CGAGGACGGGGACGCUGCGCCCUCGGUGGACGGCGGUCCCCACCCCCGGGGGCUCGGGGCUGGGCCGGGCUGCGCGCCGGGGAGGGCCACCUGCCGGGCUCCUUAGGCCUGGGACCCCGGCGGGGGAGGACCGUCACAUCCCCAAGGGAAGGGGUGUCGCCCAGUCUGGUUCCUCGGGGCCGCGGCAGCGCCAAGGCCGGGCUGUCACCUCCCUGGGGCGGAGCCUCAUACCCUGUCAUUCAGCCCCCAGUCCUGGCCUGGCUUCAGGGUGGGAGGGGGUGGGAGGGGGAUGGGCCUGCAAACCAGGGACAGGUGAGGGGGAACUGAGGCUGAGAGGGGGACAAGCACUGGGCCUGGGUGGCCCUGACCCAGGGGGGCAGCUCUGCUGGCAGGAAAGCCCUGGCACACCAGGGACAGAGGGUCAGCCAGACCAGAGGUCCUGCCAGGUGAGCGCCCAGCUCCCCGCUUUUCCGAGCUCACCUUGGAGCAUGCUCCCCCAGCCUGUGAGGCGGUGGAGACCCUGUACCACUGUCUGAGCCACCUCCCCUCCACCACCAGCCCGUGCAGGCUCUGGGCACCCAGAGAAGCCGGUGGCCCAAGUCUGAACGUGGGCCUGGUACAGAGGGGUGGACCCCAGCUCAGCCUGCAUGCGGGGGCAUGGAACCUCAGGUUUCCAUGGAGCUCUCCCGUGAUGCUGUGGGGAGGGCCUGCCUGAGAAUAGCGGGUGGCAGGGGCUCGAUCCACCCACUGCCCUGCCUCCCCUGCUGGCAGCCUCCUGGCCUGCUGCGCCGCUCAGGGACCUGGGGGCAGCCUUGAGCUCCUUGAGCUCACACACCCCCACGUGGUCCGGCAGCCAGGGCCUGGUUUCCGGCUGCCUUGCACUCGCUGCAAAGAUGGGGGGUCACUCUCCCGGACCUGUCAUGACAGCCCCAAAGAGCUUGGUGGGUUUCAACCACCCCAAAAAGGGGGAGAGUCAGAGGCGGUUCCUGCAAAGCAAAGGGAGCUUUGGGGCCCAGCAGAAAGUGGCCCAGAAAGGAUGAUCUGGAGGAGGGGGCAGGACCCGAGUGGCUGGACAGCUGGGCUUCCCCUGCAGGUGCCUCUGACGCCGGCAUGGAACACGUGCCUGUGGCCGCAGGCCUUGGCUGCCUCCCGGGCUGUGCCCCAGGGCGAAAGCCCCGAAAGGCCGAGUGAGCUGACGCCUGGAGACUUCUUUUAAGAUGACCCGCACCGACCCACCGGACCUGCUGGUGUCGACCGUGUACCAGGACAUCAAGGUGGCGGCCCCGGGGCCCGUGUCGAGGCCCCCACCAUGUGAGCGCCCCAUGGCCCGGCCUGCGGCGCCCGCGCAUUUCAACAAGCGCCACUGUCGAAGCUUCGAUUUCCUGGAGGCGCUGGACGGGGUGACCAUGGAGGCCCGCCCGGAGGCGCCGCCCCCGGAGCCCGCCGCGCCGCGUGCCCGAUCCCGCGACGGCGAGACCCGGCGCCGCGCCCGCUCCAAGAGCGCCCCCCGCGCGCCCCCGAGCCUGGCGCCCGCGCCCGCCUCACCACCCGUGCUGCCGCGCCGAGGCCGAGAAGCGCAGCGAGCGGCGCGGGCCGACGCGUCGCCCCGCCGGGAGGCCGCGUACCCCGCGCUGCGCGCGCUCGCCAACGAGCUGCACCCCAUCAAGCUACAGCCGCAGCGGGGCGGCCCCGGCCGCAUCGCGCCCCUCUGCGCUGCAACCAACCGCUGCGCGCCAGUCGAGCCAUCCGCGGGGCCCGCCCCCCACGUCCGCUGCCGCCUGGACAUCAAGCCGGACGAAGCGGUGCUGCAGCACGCCGCCCGGAGCUCGCGGCCCUGCGGGCCCCCCGAGACCGCGCCCUGGCCCCGCGCCGCCCCGCAGCUGCACGGCCUCACGGUGCCCGGGCCUCGCCACGUGGCCCUCUCGCGUACCCCCACCCCCAGUGACUCGUACUGCACCGACCCCCGGGCGCUGUACUGCGACGGGCCGCUCCCCGGGCCCCGGGACUACGCCGAGCGCCGGAGUGUGCCCUUCACCACCCCGCCGGGGCCCACCCAGUUCUUCUACACGGAGGAACCCGAGAGCCACCCUGGGGGCUUCAUGGCCAGCCCAGGGCCGCCCUUCGACGGCUACUAUCCCAGGCCCUUUCUGCCCGAAGAGCCCCCGGGGCCCAGUCCAAGACGGGGGAGCGGCUACUACGCGGGGGAAGUUCGCACCUUCCCGGUCCAGGAACCACCCUCCCGCUCCUACUACGGGGAGGCCCCCCGCGCCUACGGCCCGCCCUGCGGCCCACGUUAUGCCCCCGAGGAGCCUCGAGCCCGCCCCGCCGCCCGCGCGUUUUACACUGAGGACUUUGGGCGGUACCGCAAUCGAGAAGCCCUGACGCGGACUUAUCCACACCCGCGAGGCAGCCCAGCCUGGGGCGACUGGGGGCCGCGGCCUUACCGCACGCUGCAGGUGGCGCCCCCGCCGGACCCUGGCCCGCUGCUCGCCUCCUGGCACGGCGGCACGGGCACCAGUCCACCCCGGCUAGCGACCGACAGCCGCCACUACUCGCGCUCCUGGGACAACAUCCUGGCACCAGGGCCACGCCGCGAAGACCCCUUGGGCCGUGGCCGUAGCUAUGAGAACCUCCUGGGCCACGAGGCCCGGGAGCCGCGGGGCACGUCCCCCGAAGGCCGGCGCCCGCCCGUCGUCGUGAACCUGUCGACCUCGCCCCGACGCUACGCGGCGCUGUCCUUGUCCGAGACGUCGCUGUCCGAGAAGGGCCGUGUGGGGGAGGGCCCCGGCCGAAACUGGUACGUCACACCGGAGAUCACCAUCACCGACAACGAUCUGCGCGCCGCCGAGCGCCCGGCCGCCAGGAGCUGGGAGAUGCCGGGGAGCCGCCCCCGCCAGUCUCAGCCUGCCGCCCCCGACGGCCCCGCCCCUGGCCGCCAGCGCAGCCUCGAACAGCUGGACGAGCUCAUCACUGACCUGGUCAUCGACUCGCGGUCCCCUGCCGGCCAGGCGCUCGAGCCCGCGUCCGACGGCCUGGGCCGCCAGCUGCGGCGCCUGCUCGACUCGCGGCCCUCGGGGCCCGGGGGCCUGGCGCUGGCGCCGCGCUCGCCACCUGCGUCCGCCGGUAGCGCCGAGGAGCCCGCCGGCCAGGGGCAGGCGGCCGACGCCUCCCCUGAGCCCAGCGCGGACGAGGACGACCUGAUGACGUGCUCCAACGCGCGCUGCGGGCGCACGGAGACCAUGUUCAACGCCUGCCUCUACUUCAAGUCCUGCCACAGCUGCUACACCUACUACUGCUCGCGCCUGUGCCGCCGCGAGGACUGGGACGCGCACAAGGCGCGCUGCGUGUACGGCCGCGUCGGCAGCGUGUGCCGCCACGUGCUGCAGUUCUGCCGCGAUAGCGGCCCGGUGCACCGCGCCUUCUCGCGCAUCGCGCGAGUCGGCUUCUUGUCCCGCGGCCGCGGAGUGCUCUUCCUGGGCUUCCCGAGCCCCGGCUCCGCAGACAACUUCCUGCGCUUCGGCCUCGAGGGGCUGCUGCUGUCGCCCACCUACCUGUCGCUGCGCGAGCUGGCCACGCACGCGGCCCCACUGGGCAGCUAUGCUCGGGAGCUGGCGGCCGCUGGGCGCCUCUACGAACCAGCCGAGUGCUUCCUGCUUAGCGUGUCGGUGGCUGUGGGCCCCGGUGCCACCCCGCCCGGCGCCCCUGCCAGGCCAGCGCCCGCACCUCGCAGCCCGGGACCCACGGUGCGCAAGUUCGCCAAAGUGGCGCUGGCGGCCGGCAGCCCAGCACGGCCGCCCCCCGCGCGGGGCCGCGAACCUGACAUGGAGACAUUGAUCCUGACGCCGCCGCCCGGCACCGCGGGCCUAGACCAGGACGGCGAGGCGGGCCGGCGAGCACGCGAGGUGGCCUUCAUUCACAUUCAGCGAGAGCUGCGGCUGCGCGGCGUCUUCCUGCGCCACGAGUUCCCGCGCGUCUACGAGCAGCUCUGCGAGUUUGUCGAAGCCAACCGGCGCUUCACGCCCACCACCAUCUACCCCACGGACCGGCGCACCGGCCGCCCCUUCAUGUGCAUGAUCAUGGCUGCGUCCGAGCCGCGCGCACUCGACUGGGUGGCCAGUGCGAACCUCUUGGAUGACAUCAUGUGAGCCGCGGGGGAGCGCCCGGCCCCGCCCAGUCCACCCAGGGCCCACCCUGAACCCCCUCAGGUCCACCAAGCCCCACCCAGGGCCCACCCUGAACCCCCUCAGGUCCACCAAGCCCUGCCCAGUCCACCCGGGGCCCACCGUGAACCCCAUCAGGUCCACCCAAGCCCCGCCCUGUCCACAAGGCCCCGCCCACAUCGCCGCAAGCUCCGCCCCGUCGCGGUCUCCAGAAGCACCGCCUUUCCGCCCCCUUCCGGCGACAACCUUCCCAGUCCCGCCGGGCUCCCUCUCCCCCAGUUCUCCUCGGGUCUCCCUAGAGGCAGGUCCUCGGCCGCUUGGUGCUCCCCGCUGGGAGGCGGGGUGGGUCUGAGGACCAGCCCGCCCUGCCUUUGCGCGGAGGGGUCACUACUGCAGACCCGACCGCGCGUAUCCGACUCGUCCGUACCCUGCCCAUCUGCAGGGCCUCCCUGGAGCCUCGCCCAGGGCCUCCGCGGCUCGCCGUGGUCCAGGAGCCCGAGUUGACCAAAGCCUAGUCCUGUCCCUUUAAACACACAACCCCCACCCGCUUCCAGUGGUCUGGGAUGCACCCUGCUCAGAGGCUUUUCUUCUCCGGAGGACAGACACGCUGAUUAGUCUCGGUGUGUCCGCAUCCCGAGCACGUCCUGGCCUGGUGGGCAGGCAGGGACCUGCGUGGGGCCCUCGCCCCUACUGGGUCAGACCUCGGUACACUGCCGGUGCUGCCCGCCCUGCCGCAAGGGUUGGGGCAAGCAGCAGUGAACGGGGUACUGGCGGGGGGGGGGGGGCGGGGGGAGUCCUCAACCAAGGCACAAGACACCCAGCCAGAGGGGAGGAGGUCCUGGGCUGGGGAAGCAGAGGGGAGGGGCGCUGGCCAGAGCUCAGACCCGGCAGGGCGUGGGUUGGGCUGCCUGCCCUCACCUGGUCGACAGCCCUAGGUGUGCGCCAGAGCGGCCCUAACCUCAGAGGUAGGCGGGAGCAGGUGCAGAAGCCGGGUGAGCGCGAGCGGCCCAGGAGGCCCUCCAGCUGGGACCCUAUCCGUAGCCCUAGUGAGGACCGAGGAGGAGGUUCGUCCCCAGUCUGGAGCAGGGCGGGGAACACGUGAAUGACAGCAGGGGCGGGAGCGAGCUACUUCCACAGGGCGGCGGUCCGUCAGGGGCGUCGGGGGCGCAAUUGCGCAAACGCCGGCGCUCUAGCUCGCUCUGGCCCCGCCUUGUGGUGCAGGCUGGACGCUUGAGGCUGGCGGCCCGGCUCCGGCCCUCGGGAAUGCACGCUCCAGUGUCCGUUAUCCCCGCUCUCGUCCGGGGCUGUCCGCUGGCCUUGGCCCGAGAGGGCGAGGUCCGGCGCCCGGAAGGGCCCUCCUGAAGCCCCAGGCCCCCGUCAGGGCCAGGUGGUGGAGGCAUCGAUUCAAUUAAAUUGUGGGGCCCCCAACCCCCACCUCCGGUCGCGGCCCUCACCCCCGACCGUGCACCCGCGCCCAUCUUCCCUCGUUCCUUCUCCUCCACCUGCCUGCGCGCCUGCCUCGGCUCCGCGCAUUCCCACCGGCCACGCGCCCCGCUUAGCCCCUCCCGCCUUCGCGGCCUCACAAACCGGCCGCCGCGUCCCCUGCCCAGGGGCCUCCGCCUUCGUCCCCACGCGCCGUCCAGGAAGGACCCUGGACUGGGGUUACUUCCAGAGGGGGAGCGCUUUCGAACCAAGGAAAAUAUAACUCGAAUGUAGCCA